UGUGCAAUUAGAGAAAUAUGCUGUAAAUCCAGACCAUCGUCGGAAGUGAAUAUAGGCUACUUCAGAACCAAGGACAGCAACACACUGCGUGUUUUAGGGUUUGUGAUAUCAAUAGUGGACGAUAUAUUAAAUAAAUGGGGGUGGUUAAGGAAACUCUGUGCAAAACAUGCCCAAGACGGACCUCAUAUAGAUAUAUUGUUCUGUUUUUGCUGCUUUUAAACUUCCUAUAAGAUUCUUUUACAAAAUACACAGGCCAGAUUAGGUUGUAGCGGGUUUAUUGGAGUGAUAUUCGACUAGUAGAGCAUAGGUAAAUCUAUCACAUGACUGCUGCGGCCGCUCUGUGCUCCGCGUCUCUUCCUGAACAGAAGGCAGUAGCAGCAGCUGGGGCUCCAUGUAAACACGCCGCGCGCAGGGCUUUGUUUCACACACACUCACUCCGCAGGUAUCUUCCCUCUAGUCAUGCCAUGGAUAUUUUGUGGCAAUAUCAGUUUCGAAUCAUUCUACUCGGGGAUUCCACAGUGGGCAAGUCCUCGCUGUUGAAGCGUUUCACGGAUGGAAUUUACAGCGAUGUGGCGGACCCGACGGUCGGGGUAGAUUUUUAUGCCCGCUCGCUUGACAUCGAACCCGGGGUGAAAAUAAAGCUCCAGCUCUGGGAUACGGCUGGCCAAGAACGAUUCAGGUCUAUCACAACAUCAUAUUACCGCAACUCUGUAGGUGGCCUGCUUGUCUUUGAUCUCACCAAUCGUAAAACCUUCGACCAUGUGAGGGAAUGGCACAAGGAGGUGAGUGAGCACAUCCUGCCUCACCACAUGGUCUACAUCCUCAUCGGCCAUAAAAGUGAUCUCAACAAGGACCGGAAGGUGAGCAGGGAUGAGGCAGAGCAGCUGGCCGCUGAGCUGGGCAUUCGCUAUGUGGAGACAUCGGCCAAGUGCAACAGCAAUGUGGACCGGGCCUUUGAGCUGCUGACCAGGGACAUCUACGAGCUGAUGAAGAUGGGGGAGAUCGUCACCCGUGAUGGGUGGGAUGGCGUGAAGAGUGGCCUGACUGCCAAGGUUCUCUACUCUGCAGAGGAUGAAGAGUUGGCCCCUCCAUCAGCUGAAAAAAGCUGCCACUGCUGACUGAGAAGUCUAUGUGUUCCAACACUAUCCUAUCACACCAAGAGCUCACUUUGUCUCACAGCCGAUCAUCAAAACCAAAUCACUGAGGCUUAGCACCCUGUGAUAUCACCAUCCAUCACUUCCUCACCUUGUGUUUUGUGACCUUUCUGUGUUGAUUUUUCAGACCACUGGGAUUAUUUUCAAUCAGGAUGCGAGAGUAAAUACCAAUGUGUACCUGUUGGGAAAGUAUUGUAUUGUUAAUUUGAUAUGAUGUAGCAUGAGUCGAGCUGUUUUGAGCCUCAUCUUGCUCAAGAAAAAAAAAGAAAGCAUGCCAAUGUGAUCAGGUGUUGUUGCUUAAAGUGUAGCCAGUACUCCUUUUCAUAGCAAUGGAGCUAAAGGACUACUGAGCAUA